AACUCUGUAACGUGAGCUCCAGCCUAUAAAAGGGGAACUUUCGGAGUCUUGUAACCCUGACCACUGGCCUCCACAGACGUCUCCAGACCCAGGGACUUGUGCCCAGGAGGAGCCCAGGCUAAUGGGUUCUCGCCUCAGCCCUGAGGCCAAUGCGGAGGUGCCCCGCGAGGCCCUUAGUUUCCACGGGGACGCCACGGGCGCACAGGUGCAUCUGGAUGACUUGCGAAGCACAGCGCGCAGGCGCUCGACGUUCCACGAUGGUAUCGUGUUCAGCCAGCGGCCCGUCUGGCCGGGUGAGCGUGUAGCUCUGCGCGUGCUGAGACAUGAAGAAGGUUGGUGCGGUGGCCUCCGCGUGGGCUUCACGCGCCUGGACCCUGCGCAAGUGGCCGGAUCCUGCCUGCCACCCUUCGUGUGCCCGGACCUGGAGGAGCAGAGUCCCACGUGGGCAGCGUUGCUUCCAGAAGGCUUCGUUCGUGCGGGGAAUGUGGUCUGCUUCUGGGUGAACCGCAGAGGGUGGCUCUUCGCCAAGGUCAACGCUGGCCGCCCCCUCUUGCUGCGCAAAGACGUGCUGGUCCAGGGCGCCCCGCUCUGGGCAGUGAUGGAUGUGUACGGGACCACGAAAGCCAUUGAGCUGCUGGAUCCCAAAGCCAACGCCUGGAUCACCAGUGGGGAGCCUGUGCCAGAGUCUGAAGUCUCAUCAGGAGAGGAGUGUGUCAUCUGCUUCCACAACACUGCCAACACCCGCCUCAUGCCCUGUGGCCACUCACACUUCUGUGGCUCCUGUGCCUGGCACAUCUUCAAAGACACGGCCAGGUGCCCCAUGUGUCGCUGGCAGAUCGAGGAGGUGGUUGUAGUCUCUUCACUGAAGGCUGGGGAAGGCUCCUGAGAAGAUGACUUCUUGGCGUGUGUGGCAGACGGGACCUGGCUUUGAGGCAUGCUCAACUUUCCCAUAGCCCCUGACCACACUGGCCUUACAAUAAGGACUGGCUGGGGCUCUGGCAGGUCCCUGAGCUCUAGUCACUGAACAUGGCAGGGAUUCAUUCAGUCAACACUCCCAGCUCUGAGUCUUAACAAGACCUUGCCUUUCCAGUUGAGUCCUGGGAACUUCAGGAGGCUCUGACAUGGGCAGAAGGCAGGUAUUAAUGUCAAGGAAGCCCCAGCUUGGGGCUUUUCUAUGUAGGAACCCCUAUACCCAGCAUAUUUGUCAAAUGUAAUCAGUUUAUACUGUUUAAACUGAGACUGGGAGGCCGGGCAUGGUGGCGCACGCCUUUAAUCCCAGCACUCGGG